AUGUAAAAAUAAAGCUCAUGUAAUCAUUUCUCUAAGUACAAGCUUGAGUAAAUUGGUAAUAUAAUCAAGACAAAUUUUACAAAAUGCGAUAAUGCUAAGUAAUAUAAAUGUGAAAGUGAUGUUGAAAAAUGGUUAUGCAUAGAAUGUGGAUUUUUUGGAUGUAGCAGAAAUAGUAAUAACUAAUGUUCAUUAAAGCAUAAUUAAUAAACAGAUCACCCCUUAUCGAUUAAUAAUAGUUCUUUUGCAAUAUGGUGUUAUGUUUGUGAUAAUGAUUUAGAGUCUAUCAUAGAAGAAACUGAUAAUAAAGCUUAAAAAGAAAAAAUCAAUAAAUUUGUUGAUAACAUGAAAAAUCUCUUAUUCAAAAAAACAAAGUAAAAUAAGUCUGAUCAAACUAUUUAAUAAUUUUAGCAGAUCUAAUAAUAAUAACCCUUGAAUUAAGAAACUAAACAAUAAGUACCAUAACAAUUAAAUUAUACUCUAAAGCAAGUAUUCGGAUUAAGAAAUUUAGGGAAUACUUGCUUUUUUAAUUCUGUUAUGUAAUGUUUAAAUGCAACAUAGAGUUUAAAUUAAUUUUAUUUGGAUUUUAAGAAAUAUAAUUUCUCAUCUUAUAAUAAUAAUGUAGAAAAUGAUGAAGAUGAUGAUUGGACAACAGUUGAGAGUAACAAAUAAAUAAAAUAAUAAAUGAGACCUAAAAGUUCAAAAUUAUCUAUAAAUUAAGUUUAUUAAAAUUUCUUGAUUAAUAGUAGAAAAAGUAAGGGAUUAGUUGAUCCAGUUGAUUUAUUUAAGUCAGUGUAAGCAGUGUAAGAUUAUUGAGAUUAUAAUAGAUAAGGAAGAUUUAGAUCUAUGGCUUAGUAAGAUGCAUCAGAAUUACUUCGUUGUUUAUUAGAUGCAUUAUCUACAGGAGAAGAAAAUACACAUAUAGGUAGAAUUAAUAAAAUAAAAACAAAUGGUAAACCAAAAAGGACUAUUGUUGAAAAUGUUUUUGGAAGUUAUUUAUGUAAUUACUGUAAAAAUUAUAUUAAUAAAUUUAGUGGAAUGCUUAGACUGUGGUUUUAUUAGUAGAACAUUUGAUUUUUGUCUUGACUAUACUGUUUAAAUUAGAAAACCAAAAGGUCUAAUAAAUUAGAGGUUUUAAUAAGAAUAUUCUGAAAUUCAAAGCGAAGAAUUGAACGAUGUUAUUGUUCCAUAUUUACAUAAUUCAAUUUUAGUUCAAAAAAACAACAAUCCACCAAAAAUUUAUCAAUAAAAAUAAUAUAAUUUAAGUGUGAUAGAUUGUUUAGAUGCUUUUACUGAAUAUGAAGAAUUAAACUAAAAGAACAAUUUCUUUAAAUGUGAAUAAUGUGCAAAAUAGGGUAAAAAAUCAGGAAGAGCUUUAAGAAAGUUUUUUUUUUAUGAUUUACCACAAGUAGCAACAAUAAUUUUGAAGAGAUUUUAAUAGAAAUCAGCAGGUAGAUUUGAAAAGGUAACAGAAUAGGUAGAAAUUCCAGAAACUAUCUAUUUAGAGGACUAUACUAUUUUAAAAGGAGAACCAAGUUAAACUAUUGAAGAAAUUAAGGCAUAAAAAUUUUAAUAUCAAUUAUAUGGAGUUGUUGUUCAUUAAGGAACAAUGACAGGAGGACAUUAUGUAUCUUAUGUUAAGCAUAGAGAAAAUAAUUAAGAUCAUUGGUUUUAUUUUAGUGAUAGUAACUUUAAAGAGGUAUCUCUUAAACAAGCACUUAGCAACUAGGCAUAUAUUUUAUUUUAUGAAAGAGUCUGA